CAUUUUUAUUGAGCUGCACUUGUGUGUAAGCCUCAUUAGAAGUUUGGUUCAUUAAGACAGAUUCUUCAUAUCGAUUGGACAAUUGAAAUUAAAAGUUCGAUACCAUCCAACCUGAAUUGGGACCAGGGAAAAGACAUACUUCCACAGAAGACACCACACACUCUCUCACAUACCCACACACAAUGCUGUUGCAGUGACAUCACCAGAACAGGUAACAGGCAGAGUUUUUACAAUCAAUGUGUCUGCAUUCAAGAUAACUGCUAUCCUGUUUGUGUACACUGCAUAUUACAGGAAGCUGUGUCUCUUACCAAGGAAACACACUUCUCUCUCUCUCUCUCUCUCUCUCUCUCUCUCUCUCACACACACACACACACACACACACACACCACACACACGCACACACACGCACAGCGUGUAUUAUCUGUUGUACAAUGGAGUGUGUGAAAACAUGGAGAACAGGUUGGGCAUAUCCCACCACUCUGCUGUGUGCCUAUGGCUUUUUCACUACCGUCAAACCUUUGGAACCGUUCCUCACUCCUUACCUCACUGGACCUGACAAGAACCUCACCAUAGAACAGCUGACCAAUCAGAUUUACCCAGUGUCCACUUACUCAUAUUUGGCAGUCCUCGUGCCCGUUUUCCUGCUCACUGAUUGGCUGCGCUACAAGCCUGUGAUCGUGUUCCACUGCUCCUCCCUGCUGGUGACGACUGGCAUGCUGCUGUGGCUGGACAGCGUGCCUCAGAUGCAGGCUACGCAGUUCUUCUAUGGCGUAGUGAUGGCCAGUGAAGUAGCCUACUACUCCUACAUCUACAGUGUGGUGGACCUCCGGCACUACCGCAAGGCCACCUCCUACUGCCGCGCCACCCAGCUCCUGGGCUACACGGUGGGCUCCGUACUAGGCCAGCUCCUGGUCUCAUUUGGCCUGCUGUCCUACCACUACAUACUGGUGUUCACCCUGGUGCUCAUUGCGCUGGCAUGGGGGGUGUCUUGGCUUCUUCCUAUGCCCCAGAGAAGCAUGUUCUUCCACCAAAGAGUAAAGACGCAGCACAGGAGUGGGACAGAAGAUGAGGAAGAUGGAAAUGACCAGCCUGUCUCAGACGUCCCCAAAACAGUGGAAAUCUGUCUGAAUCAUUCAGCCUCUCCAGAUGAUACUUCCCACACAGCAGCACCUGUUGACAUGGCUACACUUCAGGGAGCAGCCAGCAGGGGGCGAUCUCUUAGCAGCAGCAGCUCCACAAAGAGCUCAGUCAUUGGUGGCGCUGGGAUUGAGACUUGUGCGGAUCCUCCUCCUCCUGCAGAGCCAGCGGGCUGCGUGGGGGUGCUGGUGCGGCUCUGGAGGGACUUCCUGCAGUGCUACUCCACGCCGGGGCUCCUGCGCUGGUCCCUGUGGUGGGCUCUGGCCACCUGCGGCUACAACCAGAUCCUCAACUACGUGCAGGUGUUGUGGGAGCACAUCGAGCCGUCCAGCAACUUCACUGUCUACAACGGAGGAGUGGAGGCUGCCUCCAGUCUGUUUGGUGCUACCACCGCCUAUGCCAUUGGCUUCACUCAGGUGGACUGGCACCAGUGGGGCGAGCUGGCACUGGGCUCCUUCUCGGGCAUGGGUGGCGGUGCCCUCUACCUGAUGGUUUUCUCUGGAAACAUCUGGGCGUGCUACUGUGGCUAUGUGCUCUUCAAGUGCCUCUACAUGCUGCUUAUCACCAUUGCAAUGUUCCAAAUAGCUGCAGAUUUAUCAAUGGAGCGCUACGCCCUGAUUUUUGGCGCAAAUAACUUUGGUGCCCUGGUGCUCCAAACAGUCAUCACUGCGGUGGUGGUGGACAGUGGAGGGCUGAGCCUGGACAUUGUAACACAGUUCAUCAUCUACGGGAGUUACUUCUGUGUCAUCGCUCUAGUGUUCUUCGUCUGGGGAGUCUACAACGCUGUGAGCCACAAGAGACACAGGGACUCCCCAAAGCAGACUGAGGUGACGCAAGCAGACCUGUGUUCCGACGUACAACACAAGUUCUGAUUAAUUCAGAAACAUACAUGAUGCACUAAAGAGCGCAAGCAGCUUUUCAGACUCCAGUCCGUUCAGUAGGAGCUAGUGUGAUCCUCAAUACUCACUCAUUUAAUUGCUCAAAAACCAAACAAACACUACACUAUACUACUACUACUACUAUUCUAGUGUGCAAUCUUAGUAUACUCAUUUAAUUGUUGAAAACAAGGUAUCUGACAAAGCAAGUGAAUCUGUGACAGGAGGGGUAUGAAGGGUAAUGAUUUUCUACUACUACAUUGUCUAUGGGGUGAUUUGUGCUGGUUUGUGCAGUGUCCCAUCAGUGAUUCUCCCCCUAGCCCUGUACAAAACUCAGACGGUGGAUGAAGGCUAAUGUGUGAAAUUAUGGUUUGUGUUCCUGCCUCUAUAAAAAUUCAACCUAUGUGGAACCAUCACAAAAAUAUUGACAAUAAAAAACAAUCUAUUUCUGGGACCUAAAUGGGACUGCCUUCUCCGACUCCGCAAAAGCAAACUAUUGCCAACCUGGGGCGCGUUUCCCAAAACCAAAGUUGCUAACCUGUUAGCAAUGGGAAAUUGCAUUGCAACCAACUUAGUUAGCAACUAUGGUUUUGGAAAACGCGCCCCUAAGCAGUAACUGGGCUACUGUAAUAUCCUCAGUCACAAAGUAUGUACAUGUACGUAUGUAUGUAUGUAUGUAUGUAUGUAUGUAUGUAUGUACAUGUAUAGAUGCAUGUAUGUGUUUGUGUGUACUCUUUUUUUGUUGUCAAACAUAUACACAAUACAAAUGAUGUUAAUACAUCUUUUUGUUACACAGAAAACACAUUCUGAACCAUAAUCACUUGAAAUGUUUUAGUUAAAAUUCAUUUUUAAUAUAUACUGUAUAUAUAAUAUAUAUAUACACACAUUAACUUAAAUUUCAUAUAACGCCCAGUAGAAGUGGUCGGUCCAGUCUGAAGGGGCUUCACAGGUGAUGCUGUUCCAGGUGAGCCCACCUGAUCUCCUCUGGGUCCCUGUUCCCCAGGGCGCUGGCAGCAGAGAGAAUAAACAGAACCACUCCUCUCC